AUGCUGGCCCCGGCACCAUACCAGAUGCCUGUGAAGGAGGACAAGGCGGAGAGCGGGAGGACCAAAGGUGGCCUCCAUCCCGAAGGUAUAUCAGACACUGUGUCCGAGGAGAUCAAAAUUCCAUCACCCGGAGACAAAAGUGAAGGAGAAGCCAACAUCUCUUCUCCUCAUGCUACUGCCCGAACUACGGAGGUUGCAGAUCUGCAGCGGAAGAUUGAUGAGGCGGAUGAUGACAUCACGCUUAUCAACAGGCGGCUUGACAAGGCGCAAGAGGGGCGGCGGCCGCAUGCCCUGCAGCCCGAUCUGGCCGCGGCGCCGGUGCCGGCGCACGACCUGGUGAGAAUAGAGGGCGGGGACGGGGGGCUGGGCGACGAGUGGGGGCUGGGCGGCGGAGCGGUGGGGGGAGGGGGGAGAUGCAGGGGCGGCGGCCGGGCGCGCCUGUCUGCUGGGGCGGCGGGAGACGAGCGGCGCCGUGGGGAGAUGCAGGGGCAGCGGCCGCACGCCCUGCAGCCCGAUCUGGCGGCGGCGCCGGUGCCGGCGCGCGCCCUGGUGAGAAUAGAGGGCGGGGACGGGGGGCUGGGCGACGAGUGGGAGCUGGGCGGUGGGGGGAGAGGGGAGAUGCAGGGGCGGCGGCCGGGCGCGCCUGUCUGCUGGGGCGGCGGGACGAGCGGCGCCGUGGGGAGAUGCAGCGGCGGCGGCCUCUGGUGA